AUGAACCCGAGCCAGCUGCAAAACCACUUCGAUGCCUUCUAUGAAGAUUUCUGGUGUGAAAUGUGCAAAUAUGGCGAACUUGAAGAGGUCGUAGUGUGCGAUAAUAACAAUGACCACCUAAUCGGAAACGUGUAUGCUCGAUUUAAAUACGAAGACUCAGCGCAGCAGGCCUGCGAUGCGCUGAAUUCUCGAUGGUAUGCGGCGCGACCCAUAUACUGCGAGCUAUCCCCCGUCACCGAUUUCCGAGAAGCAUGUUGUCGGCUGAAUAGUGGAGAAGGGUGUGUUCGCGGAGGGUUCUGCAAUCUCAUACAUCGGAAGGAACCAAGUCCUGAGCUAGAGAGGGAGCUCGAGCUCUCGACGAAGAAAUGGCUGAAGAUGAGAGGGCGUGAUGAACGGAGUGUGACCCGCAGUCCAAGCCCAGAGCCAACUCGGAGGAGGUAUUGAUGAAUGCGUUAUGUUGCCGUCGAAUCGAAUUGGUAGAUGCUCUGCAUUCGAGCGUAAGUGCAUGGGGGUUUUGUCAGCGAUUCAAUAACUGGAUCCUUUUGAGUUUUCAAUUCUAGACCCUUGAGAGAAUACCAAGGAGUCUAUAUUUUUUUAAAGUAAGGCGUUAGGGGGCGGGCGCGAAUUGUUAUUGCUUGUAUAUGAAAUUAUCCAUUAUAUAUCUUCUAUGAUUCCUUUG